GAAUCACAGCAUCAACAGUUUCCUCCAAGCACAGAACCACCAGGCGGGACGACUACGUUGGACUGAAAACCAUCGAAAGGGGGCGAGACAUCGAAUGGAAAUGUUCAGAUCUACAUGUAUACCAUGGACACUGAUAUGAUUCCAAAAUUCUCCUCGAAAGACGAGGAGAUUAACUUCUGGAAGGCUCUUUCCCUCAAGUACAAGAAAAAUUGCCAGGAGGCCCAGGAGGAGCUGCUGGAGUUUCAGGAGGGCAGCAGAGAGCUGGAGGCAGAGCUGGAAACCCAGCUGGGGCAGGCUGAGCACCGCAUGAGAGACCUACACUCUGAGAACAGCAGGCUCAAGAACGAGGUGGACUCACUCAAGGAGAAACUGGAGCAGCAGUAUGCCCAAAGCUACAAACAGAUCAACAUGCUGGAGGGUGACCUGGGUCAGACCCGGGGCAUCAAGGAGCAGCUCCACAAAUACGUCCGGGAACUGGAGCAGUCCAACGACGACCUGGAAAGAGCCAAGAGGGCUACGAUUGUGUCCCUGGAGGAUUUUGAGCAGCGUCUGAACCAGGCCAUCGAAAGGAAUGCCUUCCUGGAGAGUGAGCUUGAUGAGAAAGAGUCCCUCCUGGUCUCAGUGCAGAGAUUAAAAGAUGAGGCCAGAGACCUAAGACAGGAGCUCGCCGUCCGAGAGCGAAAUACGGACUUGACCAGGAUGUCGGCACCCGCCUCGCCCACCCAGGAGGACAACGACAAGAUGGAUUCCUCUGUCCAGGCCUCACUGUCUCUCCCCGCCACGCCACUCGCCAAUAGUCUGGACAACGCCUUCGCCAACCCAACAGAGUUGUCAAACGGCCUUGGUAACUCACUAACUCCCUCUGCCAGAAUAUCAGCACUCAACAUCGUAGGUGACCUGCUUCGGAAAGUAGGGGCUCUGGAGUCUAAGCUGGCAGCCUGCAGGAACUUUGCCAAGGACCAGAAAGCCAGAAAAUCUUACGCCAUCACGGAAAACGGGAACGUGAUCAACGGCAACACAGCCAAGUUCUCCCAUACCCUCCACAUGACGUCGUCGUACUACGACAAAACCAGGAGAGAGAGGGUCAUAUUCCCUGCAUUACUUCUGGGUAAUGGUCUUCCUCCUCCGAUGCUGAUGAUGUGUGGGGAACAGGGCGGUGAACGGCAUGGACCCUGGCACCCUGACAGCCAUCACAGCACCCCCCGCUCCCUCCUCCCCUGGCCUCCUGCCUCUCAUCAUGUGACAGAUACCACACCCCAAUUUAAUCUCCCCCUGCACACACAAACACCCUGCCAAUGGACAAGGCUAUAUCCUUAAACAGAAAGCAUUGUGAUGACUUCAAACAAGAGAACGCACAUGAAAAUGGCUAGCACUAUUAAACACUUUUCACAUACUGUAAUACUGGCCCCUUUUUGCAGCCACUGCGUAUUCACAGGCUGUCUGUGUAAUUCUGGCCCUUUAGUGCUUGUGCUUUGGUCCUACUGUACAUGUGGCUCACAGUUUAUAUGUACUCGCUAAUUGUUUACUGCUUGUACAUAUAGCCCACUCUACACAGACACCCAAAGAGAAGGUGCAUCCAAAGAGACGGUAUUUAUGUAGGAUCCUAUCCUCUCUGCAGUCAUUUUUCAAAUCUUUAGUUUAGACAGAAAAAACACACGUUAUGCAAUUGAAAUUGUGACACAGUGAGGGUUUCCGAUAUACAUGUUACUGUAAUUUUAUUUAACUGUUACGAUUUAUCAGAGAUGGUGUAGCAAGUGAAAGAAUAUAGAUUAGCCAGAGUCUACAGAAGAAGCAAGAUGUCUGGAUUACUGUAACACAUUCAUCUAGCAGCAUUGCCUCAGACAAUGCAGAGGCCCUCUCUAACUCUCCACACCUUUUGACAUUUCUUAUAAAUGGAAACUAGGGUUAAUGGAUUGGCAGCUGGCACACGUGUGUAGAUGUGUUUAAUAGCCUGGAACGGUCCUUCACCACGUGGACCUGCUCCUAACAAGCUGACUUAUUGUCCGUCACUAAAGGUGGUUUAAAUCUCUUGUGUCGACCUCGUAUGCCUUUCUGACCUUGAGUCUAAAUUCAGUAGCCAUCUGAAGAAUUUAAUGUUACAGUUUUGUUUUUAUUUAUGUAAUGUGUUCAAAUUAAAAUGCAUUGUUUUAGACCUGUUCAAAAGGGAUGGUGAAGGAAAAUACUCAUUGUGUCGUUGUGUUCUGGGCUACUUAGUCUCAGCUCAGUUUAACCGUAUGACAACGUGCACUGUAUUGGUCAUAUUGAUCAUUAUUUAUAGAUGUCCACUUGAGUGGUGCUGUCAUGGUGUUUUAGACCACUUUUGCCAGUAUUCAAUUUUUGGAUAUUAACUCCGAGUCUUUCAUUUUCGGUGUUGAAUUUUCACUGGUAUCUUAUUGUAUUUAAAAUAUCACACAACCCUGUGUUAGCAACCUAUAUUGUAAGUUAAGAGCACUUUAUCCAGUGCAAGUAUUUUCACAUUAUUCUAUCAGUUUUAUUCAAGUGCAAUAUUGCCUGUUUGUAUGUUUUGUUUAUUCAUUUUAUGGCAUGAUGUGUUCAAAUAUAUAGGAUGUGAUUAUACAUCAAUUAGUCAUAUAUCAUGAUGUAGGAUCCGUUGUCUUAAAAUGUUGAGAAAAUAAAUAAAUAAAGCCAUUCUUCUUAUUGUUUUUAAAA